GUGACCGGGUAUAUGCAGAUCUGUGUGUAUGAUCACCGACGGCGUGUUUCUAAUUUUCUAAUACUUCCAAAACCGAACCGGCAAUUUCUGAUAGAUUGGAAAAUAAAUAAAAUUUACCCAGUGCUAGUGCCGCUUUGAAAAAGUGCAAACGUGUGUCGCUGGCGUUCGAGUGUGUUCCGCGAUCAUUAUUUUCAUCAGCUUGUUUGCAACAAAGCACCGAAUAAGCGUUAACUAUGCGAGCGGAAGGCACUUUAGGACGAUUUUGGACCGCACUGACGCGAAAGAAACAGAACGAAGACGAUGGUUCCGAGUCGAAGUUGGCCCGCGUCCUCACGCUGCUGGAUCUGACCGGUCUCGGGGUCGGUAGUACUCUCGGGCUGGGCGUUUACGUGCUGGCCGGAGCCGUCGCACGUGAACAGGCUGGCCCCGCAGUGGUGGUCUCGUUCAUGGUGGCUGCCAUCGCCUCCGCCAUCGCUGCUCUCUGUUACGCCGAGUUUGCCGCCCGUGUACCAAAGGCCGGCUCGGCCUACGUCUACAGCUACGUCAGUAUUGGCGAGUUUACCGCGUUCACCAUCGGUUGGAACUUGAUCCUGGAAUAUGUGAUAGGAACGUCCAGUGUGGCUCGCGGUUUGAGUGGCUACAUCGACUCACUGGCCGACAACAAGAUGAGCAAGGCAAUGCGCGAAGCGAUGCCGAUCGACGUCGACUUCUUAUCGGAGUAUCCGGACUUUUUCUCGUUCGUGAUCAUCCUCGUGCUGGCCGCGCUGCUCGCGUACGGCGUGAAGGAGUCGACGCUGAUGAACAACAUCUUCACCGGCGUCAACCUGAUCGUCAUCGGUAUCGUGCUGGUGGCCGGCGGUAUUAACUGCGACCCGGACAACUGGAGCAUCGACCCGAAAGAUAUCCCGGAAGGCGUUAAUGGAGGUGCUGGUGGAUUCGCUCCGUUCGGGUUUGCCGGCAUCAUGGCCGGUGCGGCCAAGUGUUUCUACGGCUUCGUCGGGUUCGAUUGUAUUGCCACCACCGGCGAGGAAGCACAAAACCCGGAGCGCAACAUCCCGCUCGCCAUCGUCAUCUCGCUCAUCAUCAUCUUCCUGGCGUACUUCGGUAUCUCGACCGUCCUCACGAUGGCACUGCCGUACUACCUGCAGGACCCGGAGGCACCCUUCCCGCAUCUGUUCGAGACGCUCGAGUGGCAUGCGAUCAAAUGGAUCGUCUCGAUCGGCGCCAUUUUCGCGCUCUGUACUAGCCUGCUCGGUGCGAUGUUUCCGCUGCCGCGUGUCCUGUAUGCCAUGUCCUCCGAUGGCAUCAUCUACAAGAAGCUGCAAACGGUCCACCCGAAGACACAAACGCCCGUACUGGCGACGGUUCUGUCCGGACUUCUGGCGGCCAUCAUGGCCGCGCUUUUCAAUUUGCAGCAGCUCAUCGACAUGAUGUCGAUCGGUACGCUGCUGGCGUACACGAUCGUGGCCGUCAGUGUGCUAGUGUUGCGCUAUCAGACGGAAGAGCUGCUUGAAAGUUCGGAGUGGAGCGUCACCAUUCCGCAGGUGGUGCGACAGCUGUUCAACGGUGAGCGUCUUCAGGAUCCAACGAAGCUUUCGUCUGCGAUCGUAAAAGUUAGCGUCUGUGUUUUUGCUGUAUUUGUUUGUGGUGCCUGCGGAAUCCUAGUUCCGGCCGAGGACUAUAUCAACGGUGACUACCCGGGAGUGAUCGCCGGUCUAGCGGUCCUCGUCGCUUUCAUGGUUGGCCUCUUCGUUGUCAUCUCGCUGCAGCCGACGGACAAGAUUAAGCUCACGUUCAAGGUGCCACUGGUCCCGCUGCUGCCGCUCAUCAGCGUGUUCUUCAACCUGUACCUAAUGUUCCAGCUGGACUCCGGCACCUGGAUUCGGUUCGCCGUAUGGAUUGCGGUUGGAUACUUCAUCUACUUCUCCUACGGCAUUCGCCAUUCGAUCGAAGGCGAGCGACUACUCACGAACGCGGAGUUGGCCAACUCGAAGGCAACCAAUGGUAUCGACAAUACCGGGUACGAUCGGGCGUCAGAUGCUGAUGGCGCGCAAAAGGCCGACAACCCGCACCGACUGUCCAACUCUGCUCCCACGUACACAAUAACGAACGAGUCCACGUAGCCUGGCCUCGCGGAUAGUAUUACACCACGGGGACAUGCCUUGUGGCAUGGUUCACUGUGGCUGCCGAACCGUUUCAUCAACCGUUCUGACGUUACAUUUACCGUAGGAUAAGCUAAGUACAAAUGAAACACGGGGAAAACAGGUGAACCGACACAGCCGACACAGCAUCUGGUGCGAUUAGGGUAAUGCCCACAGGCCGGAACAUACACAGGCGUUCGUGUUGAUUCCGAAACUUACAGUGAUUGUGAUAAUUAUUGCAUAGUAGUGUUUUAAGGUUUUAACUUAGAGGAUACUUGACUCCAGAACGAGGGCUGCAAGUUUGAACAGUGUGUGAUUUAUUUUUUGGACCGAUCGAUCUUCUUCGACCCUUUCCUUAACGCGUCUUCACAGUAAUAUCAUCUACUUCCCGUCCUCCUUCGUUUUUGCUAACAAAACGAAAUGAAAGGAUAAACGAGGAUCACAGAAUCGUCGUCUUCGAGCUCCGAUAGGCCGCUACAGUUAGUCGAGACGACCAUUACACAUACUUUUAAUGAUUAUUAUUACAUAUUGUGUUCUCCGCACUAUUCUCCCUCCUCAUGAUAAACGCCGCGACGAUCGAAUGAGCGAACAAUAAAUCAAUCAAUAAAGAAUUUUGUUUUCCUAACCGA